GUUAGUGACAACCACUUGAUCGUUGUCACACUACCGCGCAGGUUGGAAAGCUGCUUUUACUUCCUCCUCAGAACAAAUGCAAAAUGAAUUCUAGCUUGUUGAUCCUAACUUUUUGCUUAAGGAUCGUUGCAUGCCUUGCUAUAGAAUCCACAGGCUCCGUAACAGACAGAACUAGAACAUUUGUGAGGCAAGAGGUAAAACGACAAUUUAACCCCAGAGUGAAACGAGAUGUCGGCUCGACUAGUUCGUCACCAGAGUUUUCACCUUGCGUCUCACCUGUUUCAAUACAAGACUUCAAUAAAUUGAAACAAAACACCCACCAGCAUGCUUUUAUUGAUGAUGAUGGGUCCAGUGUUGUGCUGUCCUGGGUUGGUGAUGGAACGGGAAUCAUUCUGGUCUUGACUAUCUUCAAUGUACCAGUUACUUGGUUUUUUGACCAGGGUUCUUCACGACUAUAUAGAAGCGAGGACUCUGGGAAAACCUUUGAAGAUAUCUCCAAUGUCAUCAAGAACACCUACAUACGGAAAGAAUUUGGAAUCAAUGUGGGGCCAAGUAAUUCACAAAGGGUAAUUCUCACCGCUGAUGUAGCAUUGACUCGUGAGGAAGGAGGCCGAAUAUUUACAUCGCUUGAUUCUGGGAAAUCAUUUGAUUUUGUAGAUCUUCCUUUCCAUCCUGGCCAGCCAAUUGUCUACCACUCUUCAAACCCAGACUAUCUGCUUGUCUCCAGCAUAGACAACAUUUUGUGGCUAUCUGUGGAUUUUGGGAAACACUGGACUAAAAUACAUGAAAAUGUGCAGGCUUUUUCUUGGGGGCAGGGAAUCACAUUUUUUUUCAGCACACAUCCCAAUAAUACACUGGAUGCUGAUCAAAGGGGAGAGUUGCUCUUGAAAAGAACAGAAGACUUGGGAAGAACAUUUAGUACUGUGUCCAGCAACAUGUUCUCAUUUGGAUACAUUGGGCGCUUUCUCUUUACGUCAGUUGUGAAAAAACAGGGUGAACCCAGAGCUUUAUAUGUUUCUUCAGACCAGGGAGACACCUUCAAUCAAGCACAGUUACCCUUGGCUACAAUAGAACAGGUAUCAUUUUGUACACUCCCAAAAAUGUUGGUUAAUUUGCAUAAGCCCAACUGCCAGACAGCACUUACAUUUGUAAGGUGUUUUGUUUGUAUAGGUAGUGUUGGAGACUCCAUCACAGCAGUAAAACCCGAUGUUUACAUCUCUGAUGAUGGUGGGUAUAGCUGGAUGAAGACUCUGGAGGGCCCUCACCACUACACACUUCUAGACUCUGGAGGACUCAUUGUAGCAGUGGAAUAUUACACAGAAAUACCUAUCAAAACAGUCAAGUUUUCAACUGACGAAGGACAGUGCUGGCAGUUGUAUAAUUUCACAGAUAAACCAAUUAUCUUUGCUGGUCUGGCAUCAGAACCAGGGACAAAGACAAUGAACAUCAGCAUCUGGGGUUACAUGCCAGAGGCUGGUUACAAAGCCACAUGGGUUUCAGUCACCAUCGACUUUGAGCAGCUCCUGACAAGAGACUGUGAAGAUGAUGACUAUAUAAAUUGGUUAGCCCACUCCACAGAUGAAGGGGGUGUAGUGAAUGAUGGGUGUGUUCUUGGGUACAAAGAAACUUUCAGGAGGCUCAAGAAAAAAUCUGUCUGCAAAAAUGGAAGGGAUUACAUUGUAGAGAAAGAGCAGAACCCCUGUGUGUGCAACAAACUAGACUACAUGUGUGAUUAUGGAUACUAUCGUCAAGAGAACAGUUCAGAGUGUGUUGAACAACCAGAUUUUAAAGACCGUCAACUUGAAUUCUGUUUACUAGGAAACGAAGAGCUGCUCAUGACAACAGGGUAUCGAAAGAUUCCUGGUGAUAAGUGUGCUGGUGGGUUUACACCUAAGAGGACCGAGGAGCAGAUGAAUAAAAGAUGUGGAACAGCAGAACAAAUUCAAGCUUCAAAAUCUAAAGAGACAACCAUCAUGCUUGCUGUCGGUGCUGUGGUUAUGAUGAUAGCAUUAGUCACAGGGGUAUUUCUUAUCGUCAGAAAGUAUGUGUGUGGCGGAAGGAUUCUAGCAUAUCGCUAUUCUUCUCUAAGAGAAGACGAUGAUCGCUGUAUUGAUGGUGAACUGGUGGCUAAUGAAACAAGUGCUGGAAGAGGUUUUCAUGAUGACUCGGAUGAAGAUCUCAUUGAAUGACUCUAAAACCAUGGAGUAAAGGAUUUGAAGAAGUUCUCCAGAGACUUUAAGCUGAAGCAAAAAUUAGAGAUUUUCCUUCAAAUCAGUGUACCUUGAAGUUUUGAGUCUCAGGCUGUACAUUUUAAUGUGACUUAUUUUAUAUGCUAUUGUUGCUUUUAUUUACAGCUUAUUUGGUUUUUUAAAAUGUUUAAUAUAAUACAAAAACAGGUAAAGGGGUGAAAUUAUGUUUUGAAACUUUUUUGCUGCUCAGAUGAAUAAUUUUAUAUGAAAAUGUGCUUAAUGCAAAGCAGCACCUGAAUUAUAUAAACCAAAACUGUUUUAUAGUCAUCACUGGUGUAGCACAGCGAAGCUGGUUCCUCAAGUAAAUUCUCAUGGUAUAUUUCAGUGCAUUUAGUAGCAUUUUUCAUUUAUUUUAAUAUGACAUUAAAUGUAAAAUGUGUAAAAUGUGGUGAAUAAUGUGCAUAUAAGCAUUGUUUGACUUAUGUAGAGAAUGGAAGUACGCAUCAUACUUGGCAAUUGACCUUUACUUUAUUAACCUAUUAGACUUAUUGCACACAGCCUUACUGUUCACAAUAUUUGCACUUUUUUUGUAAUGCUGUACAAUGUUGAUAAAACCAUUGUUGGCAAAUUAAUCUUGAAAUAUCUUUGCAAAAUAUAGGGGCAAAGCUUCUUUUUUUUAGUUUGAAAUGAGUUGCAUUUUGGAUGUGUUUUGAAUGUGUUGUAAAAAAUAGUAUCAUGUAACAGCUGUAAGCUGCAUGUUCCUUAAGCCACAGGAAAUUGUGUUAAUUGAUUCACAAAUAAAACAUCAACACAG